GCGGACCUGGUGCUGCGCGCCUGUCAGCCAUCGCCAGAGCUCCCCGCGUCUCCUCCCGCCAAGCACCGUCCCCGCGCAGGGGGUCCGGGACCGCCGGACCGUGGACAUCGCCAGCCUGAGGUGAGUUCUUUUUGGAAGUGGAUAUCUGCUCAGACAGUAAGACUCAUAAGAGCUCUGAGAGCUUAUUUUGAAGAAAUAAUGGAUGAACCAUCCCACUUGGCCAAACCUUUGGAGCUGAAUGAGCACUCCCGAUUCAUAAUUGGUUCCGUGUCUGAAGAUAACUCAGAGGAUGAGAUCAGCAACCUGGUGAAGAUGGACCUACUGGAGGAGAAGGAAGGUUCUCUGUCACCAGCUUCUGUCAGCUCGGAUACACUCUCUGAUGUGGGGAUCUCUGGCCUGCAGGAUGGCUUGGCCUUACAUGUGAGGUCCAGCAUGUCUGGCUUGCACCUAGUAAAGCAAGGUCGAGACCGAAAGAAAAUAGACUCACAGAGGGAUUUCACUGUAGCUUCUCCAGCCGAAUUCGUUACUCGUUUUGGGGGGAAUAAUGUGAUUGAGAAGGUUCUUAUUGCCAACAACGGCAUUGCAGCAGUGAAAUGCAUGCGUUCUAUCCGUCGGUGGUCUUAUGAGAUGUUUCGAAAUGAACGCGCAAUCCGAUUUGUCGUCAUGGUCACACCUGAGGAUCUUAAAGCCAAUGCAGAGUACAUUAAGAUGGCAGAUCACUAUGUGCCAGUGCCAGGAGGACCAAACAACAACAACUAUGCAAACGUGGAAUUAAUUCUUGAUAUUGCUAGAAGGAUCCCAGUGCAAGCAGUGUGGGCUGGCUGGGGUCAUGCUUCUGAGAAUCCCAAGCUCCCAGAACUUCUUUUGAAAAACGGCAUCGCCUUCAUGGGUCCGCCAAGCCAGGCCAUGUGGGCUUUGGGGGAUAAGAUUGCAUCUUCCAUAGUGGCUCAAACUGCAGGUAUCCCAACUCUUCCCUGGAGUGGCAGUGGUCUUCGUGUGGACUGGCAAGAAAAUGAUUUUUCAAAACGUAUCUUAAAUGUUCCUCAGGAACUCUAUGAAAAAGGCUAUGUGAAGGAUGUGGAUGAUGGGCUAAAGGCAGCAGAGGAAGUUGGGUAUCCAGUAAUGAUCAAGGCCUCAGAAGGAGGAGGAGGAAAGGGAAUCAGAAAAGUCAAUAAUGCGGAUGACUUCCCUAACCUCUUCAGACAGGUUCAAGCUGAAGUCCCUGGCUCUCCCAUAUUUGUGAUGAGACUAGCAAAGCAAUCUCGUCAUCUGGAGGUGCAGAUCUUGGCAGAUCAGUAUGGCAAUGCUAUCUCUUUGUUUGGUCGCGAUUGCUCUGUACAGCGCAGGCAUCAGAAGAUUAUUGAAGAGGCACCAGCUGCUAUUGCUACUCCAGCAGUAUUUGAACAUAUGGAACAGUGUGCGGUGAAACUUGCCAAAAUGGUUGGCUAUGUGAGUGCGGGAACUGUGGAAUACCUCUACAGCCAGGAUGGCAGCUUCUACUUUCUGGAACUAAACCCUCGGCUACAGGUGGAGCACCCUUGUACAGAGAUGGUGGCUGAUGUCAAUCUCCCUGCAGCACAACUCCAGAUUGCCAUGGGGAUCCCUCUAUACAGAAUCAAGGAUAUUCGUAUGAUGUAUGGGGUAUCUCCCUGGGGUGAUGCUCCCAUUGAUUUUGAAAAUUCUGCUCAUGUUCCUUGCCCAAGGGGCCACGUUAUUGCUGCUCGGAUCACUAGUGAAAAUCCAGAUGAGGGUUUUAAGCCCAGCUCAGGAACAGUUCAGGAACUGAAUUUCCGCAGCAAUAAGAACGUCUGGGGUUAUUUCAGUGUUGCUGCUGCUGGGGGACUUCAUGAGUUUGCUGAUUCUCAGUUUGGUCACUGUUUUUCCUGGGGAGAAAACAGAGAGGAAGCAAUUUCAAAUAUGGUGGUGGCUUUGAAGGAGCUGUCUAUUCGGGGUGACUUUCGAACUACGGUUGAAUACCUGAUCAAAUUAUUGGAGACUGAAAGCUUUCAAUUGAAUAGAAUUGACACCGGCUGGCUUGACAGACUGAUAGCAGAAAAAGUACAGGCAGAGCGACCUGACACUAUGUUGGGAGUUGUCUGUGGGGCUCUCCAUGUGGCUGAUGUGAGCCUGCGGAACAGCAUCUCUAACUUCCUUCACUCCUUAGAAAGGGGUCAAGUCCUUCCUGCUCAUACACUUCUGAACACUGUAGAUGUUGAACUUAUCUAUGAGGGAGUCAAGUAUGUACUUAAGGUGACUCGACAGUCCCCUAACUCCUACGUGGUGAUCAUGAAUGGCUCCUGUGUGGAGGUAGAUGUGCAUCGGCUGAGUGAUGGAGGACUGCUCUUGUCCUACGAUGGCAGCAGUUAUACCACAUACAUGAAGGAAGAAGUGGAUAGAUAUCGCAUCACGAUUGGCAAUAAAACCUGUGUGUUUGAGAAGGAGAAUGACCCUUCAGUGAUGCGGUCACCUUCUGCUGGAAAAUUAAUCCAGUACAUUGUGGAGGACGGAGGCCAUGUGUUUGCUGGCCAGUGCUAUGCUGAGAUUGAGGUGAUGAAGAUGGUAAUGACUUUAACAGCCAUAGAGUCUGGCUGUGUUCAUUACGUCAAGCGGCCUGGAGCAGCUCUUGACCCGGGCUGUGUAAUAGCCAAAAUGCAAUUGGAUAACCCCAGCAAGGUCCAGCAGGCUGAGCUUCACACCGGUAGUCUACCACAGAUCCAGAGCACAGCACUUCAAGGGGAGAAGCUCCAUCGAGUGUUCCACUAUGUCCUGGAUAAUCUGGUCAAUGUGAUGAAUGGAUACUGCCUUCCAGAUCCUUUCUUUAGCAGCAGGGUAAAAGACUGGGUAGAGCGGUUGAUGAAGACCCUCAGAGAUCCCUCCUUACCUCUCCUAGAAUUGCAGGAUAUCAUGACCAGCGUCUCUGGCCGCAUACCCCCCAAUGUGGAGAAGUCUAUUAAGAAGGAAAUGGCUCAGUAUGCUAGCAACAUCACAUCAGUCCUCUGUCAGUUUCCCAGCCAGCAGAUUGCCAACAUCCUAGAUAGCCAUGCAGCUACACUGAACCGGAAAUCUGAGAGGGAAGUCUUCUUCAUGAACACUCAGAGUAUUGUCCAGCUGGUACAGAGGUACCGAAGUGGCAUCCGAGGCCACAUGAAGGCUGUGGUGAUGGAUCUGCUGCGGCAGUACCUGCGAGUGGAGACGCAGUUCCAGAACGGUCACUAUGACAAAUGUGUGUUCGCCCUUCGGGAGGAGAAUAAGAGUGACAUGAACACUGUACUGAACUAUAUCUUCUCUCACGCUCAAGUCACCAAGAAGAAUCUUCUGGUCACAAUGCUUAUUGAUCAGUUGUGUGGCCGGGACCCUACUCUCACUGAUGAGCUACUGAAUAUCCUCACAGAGCUGACUCAACUCAGUAAGACCACCAAUGCUAAAGUGUCACUUCGAGCCCGCCAGGUUCUUAUUGCCUCUCAUUUGCCAUCAUAUGAGCUUCGCCAUAACCAAGUAGAGUCUAUCUUCCUAUCAGCUAUUGACAUGUACGGACAUCAGUUCUGUAUUGAGAACCUUCAGAAACUCAUCUUGUCCGAAACAUCUAUCUUUGAUGUCUUACCAAACUUCUUCUAUCACAGCAACCAGGUAGUGAGGAUGGCAGCUCUGGAGGUGUAUGUUCGAAGGGCUUAUAUUGCCUAUGAACUUAACAGCGUACAGCACCGCCAGCUUAAGGACAACACCUGCGUAGUGGAAUUCCAGUUCAUGCUGCCCACGUCCCAUCCAAACAGAGGGAACAUCCCCACGCUAAACAGAAUGUCCUUCUCCUCCAACCUCAACCACUAUGGCAUGACUCAUGUAGCUAGUGUCAGCGAUGUGCUAUUGGACAACUCAUUCACUCCACCAUGUCAGCGGAUGGGCGGAAUGGUCUCUUUUCGGACUUUUGAAGAUUUUGUCAGGAUCUUUGAUGAAGUGAUGGGCUGCUUCUGUGAUUCCCCACCCCAAAGCCCCACAUUCCCUGAGGCAGGUCACACAUCUCUAUACGAUGAAGACAAGGUCCCCAGGGAUGAACCAAUUCACAUUCUCAAUGUGGCUAUCAAGACUGACUGUGAUAUUGAGGACGACAGGCUGGCAGUGAUGUUCAGAGAGUUUACCCAGCAAAAUAAAGCUACUCUGGUUGAGCAUGGAAUACGGCGCCUUACUUUCCUGGUUGCACAAAAGGAUUUCAGGAAACAGAUCAGCUACGAGGUGGAUCAGAGAUUUCAUAGAGAAUUCCCUAAAUUUUUCACAUUCCGAGCAAGGGAUAAGUUUGAAGAGGAUCGUAUCUAUCGUCACUUGGAGCCUGCCCUUGCCUUUCAGUUAGAGCUGAACCGGAUGAGAAAUUUUGACCUUACUGCCAUUCCCUGUGCUAAUCACAAGAUGCACCUGUAUCUUGGGGCAGCCAAAGUGGAAGUGGGUACAGAAGUGACAGACUAUAGAUUCUUUGUCCGUGCAAUCAUCAGACAUUCCGAUCUGGUUACCAAGGAAGCUUCUUUUGAAUAUCUGCAAAAUGAAGGGGAACGGCUGCUCCUGGAAGCCAUGGAUGAGUUGGAAGUCGCUUUUAAUAAUACUAAUGUCCGUACUGACUGCAACCACAUCUUCCUCAACUUUGUGCCUACAGUCAUCAUGGACCCAUCGAAGAUUGAGGAAUCUGUGCGGAGCAUGGUAAUGCGCUAUGGAAGUCGGCUGUGGAAAUUACGCGUCCUCCAGGCAGAACUGAAAAUCAACAUUCGCCUGACACCAACUGGAAAAGCAAUUCCCAUUCGCCUCUUCCUGACAAAUGAGUCUGGCUAUUACUUGGACAUCAGCCUGUACAAAGAAGUGACCGACCCCAGGACAGCACAGAUCAUGUUUCAAGCAUAUGGAGACAAACAGGGACCAUUACAUGGAAUGUUAAUCAACACUCCCUAUGUGACCAAAGACCUGCUUCAAUCAAAGAGGUUCCAGGCACAAUCCCUAGGAACAACAUACAUAUAUGAUAUCCCAGAGAUGUUUCGACAGUCCUUGAUCAAACUCUGGGAGUCUAUGUCCGCUCAAGCAUUCCUUCCUUCACCUCCUCUGCCUUCUGACAUGCUGACCUACACCGAACUCGUGUUGGAUGAUCAAGGUCAACUGGUCCACAUGAACAGGCUUCCAGGAGGAAAUGAGAUUGGCAUGGUAGCUUGGAAAAUGACCCUUAAAAGUCCUGAAUAUCCAGAAGGUCGAGAUAUCGUUGUUAUUGGCAAUGACAUCACAUACCAAAUUGGGUCCUUUGGGCCCCAGGAGGAUUUGCUGUUUCUCAGAGCUUCUGAGCUUGCCAGGGCAGAGGGAAUCCCACGUAUCUACGUAGCAGCCAACAGUGGAGCAAGAAUUGGACUGGCAGAGGAGAUUCGUCAUAUGUUUCAUGUGGCCUGGGUAGAUCCUGAGGAUCCUUACAAGGGAUUCAAAUAUUUAUACCUGACCCCUCAAGAUUAUAAGAGAGUCAGUGCUCUCAACUCUGUCUAUUGUGAACAUGUGGAGGAUGAAGGAGAAUCCAGGUACAAGAUAACCGAUAUUAUUGGAAAGGAAGAGGGACUUGGAACAGAGAACCUUCGAGGUUCUGGAAUGAUUGCUGGGGAAACCUCGUUGGCCUAUGAUGAGAUCAUUACCAUUAGCCUGGUUACAUGCCGAGCCAUUGGAAUUGGUGCUUACCUUGUCCGGCUGGGACAGAGAACCAUCCAGGUUGAAAAUUCUCACUUAAUUCUGACAGGAGCUGGGGCCCUCAACAAAGUUCUCGGACGGGAAGUCUAUACCUCCAAUAACCAGCUCGGUGGCAUCCAGAUCAUGCACAACAAUGGGGUGACCCACAGCACUGUUUGUGAUGACUUCGAGGGGGUUUUCACUGUCCUGCACUGGCUGUCUUACAUGCCUAAGAGUGUAAGCAUUUCAGUUCCCAUCCUGAAUUCCAAGGAUCCUAUAGACAGAAACAUCGAGUUUGUUCCCACAAAGGCCCCGUAUGAUCCUCGAUGGAUGCUGGCAGGCCGUCCUCACCCAACCCAGAAAGGUCAAUGGUUAAGUGGAUUUUUUGACUACGGGUCUUUCUCAGAAAUCAUGCAACCUUGGGCACAGACUGUGGUGGUUGGCAGAGCCAGACUAGGGGGAAUACCUGUGGGAGUAGUUGCUGUAGAAACCCGGACAGUGGAACUGAGUAUCCCAGCUGAUCCUGCAAACCUGGAUUCUGAAGCCAAGAUAAUCCAGCAAGCUGGCCAGGUUUGGUUCCCAGACUCUGCAUUUAAGACCUAUCAGGGCAUCAAGGACUUCAACCGUGAAGGGCUGCCCCUGAUGGUCUUUGCUAACUGGAGAGGCUUCUCUGGUGGGAUGAAAGAUAUGUACGACCAAGUGCUGAAAUUUGGUGCUUACAUCGUCGAUGGCUUACGGGAGUGCUCUCAGCCUGUGAUGAUUUACAUUCCUCCCCAGGCUGAGCUUCGGGGAGGCUCCUGGGUCGUGAUUGACCCCACCAUCAACCCCCGGCACAUGGAGUUGUACGCUGACCGAGAAAGCAGGGCCUCAGUUCUGGAGCCAGAAGGGACAGUAGAAAUCAAAUUCCGAAGAAAGGAUCUGGUGAAAACCAUGCGACGGGUGGACCCAGUCUACAUCCACUUGGCUGAGCGAUUGGGUACCCCGGAGCUCAGCGCUGCUGAGCGGAAGGAGCUGGAGAACAAGUUGAAGGAGCGGGAGGAAUUCCUAACUCCCAUUUACCAUCAGGUGGCCGUGCAGUUUGCUGACUUGCACGACACUCCAGGCCGGAUGCAGGAGAAGGGUGUCAUUAGCGACAUCCUGGACUGGAAAACAUCCCGCACCUUCUUCUACUGGCGGCUGAGGCGCCUCCUGCUGGAGGACCUGGUCAAGAAGAAAAUCCACAAUGCCAACCCGGAGCUGACUGAUGGCCAGAUCCAGGCCAUGUUAAGGCGCUGGUUUGUGGAAGUGGAAGGAACAGUAAAGGCCUACGUUUGGGACAACAACAAGGACCUGGUGGAGUGGCUGGAGAAGCAGCUGACAGAGGAGGACGGGGUUCGCUCAGUCAUAGAGGAAAACAUCAAGUAUAUCAGCAGAGACUACGUCCUCAAGCAGAUCCGCAGCUUGGUCCAGGCCAACCCAGAGGUCGCCAUGGAUUCCAUCGUCCACAUGACCCAGCACAUCUCCCCCACACAGCGAGCAGAGGUCAUCCGGAUCCUCUCCACAAUGGACUCCCCUUCCACGUAGGGGGGGCGUCCUGCUCACCCUGCCCCACCUCCCAGAGAAGGGCUGGAGCUGCCUUUUACCACUGAGCCCACUGACGAGAAGGCACAGGAGACCCAGCACUGGAAUCAAAGUGGCGUUUUGCUUCCCCUCGAACGCUUUCAGAUUCUGCAUGACAUACCAGGAUACAGGGUCAUGAAGCUCUGCUCCAGCCCAUCGGUCACAUCUAUCCAGUCUGUGCAGUAUUUAUUACCCUGGCUGGGAUGACAGUCCUCUCCCUGCACACACCCAAGAAGGCAAUGAAGGGUACACCAUACCACGAGGUCUUCCUACACAAGAGCAGGGCCGCCCCUCCUGUCCUCCAGCGCCGUGGUCCCCAGCCCCGUGAGCCUGCAGCACAGGCAGCAGGGGAGGGCUGGGGGGGGGGGGAAGCCUCGAGUCCGUGGCUUCUUUACCCCGUGUUUGGCUUGGUACACACUGAGCACUGGAGAGGACUCAUUCCCAGUCUGAGCACACUAAGGUACCUAUUUAUGAAGAAAAAUAGACUAGAGAAUCUGCAAGCUCUGUGGGAACUCAAAGGUGAGGGGCAACAGCAUGGUCCUCGGAGCGGGGAAAGAACAUAGACCAAGUCACUGUUGCAGAUUAGGGGCCUCGACCUUGAAUUCAAUUCUCUUAGAACAAAUGGAAAGAUGGCGACCUAUACUACCCUGCAUGGCACUGCUGGACUGGUCAGGGCCAGGGCGUGGGGGGCCCCAGCCUCUACCCAGGGCCCACAGGCAGUGCUGGAGCCGAGCUGGCAGAGGAGGUGGGGGGGGUGCUGCCCUCUCCGUAGCUGGUGGAAAGUAGUUAAUGGUGCCGCAGGGACAGUAGGCAGACAGUCUCUCUUUAGGACUUGGGAGGUUGUUGCUAUUGAGCCUGGAGCUCUGAUAGUCACAAGAAGUCAAUAGUGCCUGCAGAGUCGCUCGUGUGUCUCCAGGGCGACUCUCCUAGCGUCUGCAGUCCUCCUCCCAGCGGGCCUGCUGUCUUCCUGGGAUGUGCACCGGCAACAGGUGCGGCAGGGCUCCCCACAGUUGCUGACAGGAGCUCUGGUGACAUCUGUGCUCUCAGCACCAGGAUCACAGAAUCCACGUGACCUUAAGAUUACCUACGACUCCCUCAUGGUGCUGUCGUCUUUCUUCCAGGCUCGCCGGCCCCUCCCCAGCCAGCAGCAGGGGCCUCCUCAUGAGUGGUAGGAAGCAUUUGUUUAGUUCCAACCACCAGUUUAGUCAAGGAAAGAGCUUACUGAUUCCCCCAAAGCAAGAGUGGCAGGUGGUCAGGCCAGUGGAGCAUCCGGUUCCUACAGCGCAGCUGAUUGCCUUUAUCACUGACAACCAAGGAGGAAAUCACCAGAACAUUGGAGAAGCGCUGGUAUGAACACCGGUGUACAAAGCUGCAGUUUUGAGCCUUAACCCUCUAGCUCACACACAAGAGUGAGCUGCACGUCUCCUUCUUUGGGAACCGUUUGUGCAGGUGGGCACUGUGUGGCCGGAUGCGGCCCUGCUCGUCCCCAGGAGCUCAGAGCCUCGGCCAGGGCUGCCCUGCUUCAAGGUAUGAGUGUUUGGCACCAUCGGAGAAGGGCGGGAAAAGGUCUGGGGUGAUUUCCAGUUCACAAAGAAGCCUCUACUGUUGCUAACUUACUGAAGCCAGUAAGAAUUGACUUCCUCUUGGCCCAGACUGCCCCUCUACACUUCCUGCAGUGAAUACAACUCCCACACCGACGGCCGCUGUGAAGUCCUGGACGCCCCAGCUGGCUGGUCCCCGCCUGUGCCUGCCCCAGCUUCCUGCAGAGGCGGGCUCCGCUCAUUUACCUCUCCCCACUCCGUCCACCAAAUUGUGAAACACUAAGCAAAUCCGUUUCCUCUCCAGAGCCCUGUAAUGCCUGUUCCUCCGUCUCCAGAGCACCUCACAUUAAGUCUUACCCUGUACAAGGAUUUUCACGUGGAGAAGUCAGAAGGAGCCACCGAACGCGGCGAUCUGGCAUCGCCGCAGCCCGUUACACGCACAGGGUCCCCGAGGCAGGGGGAGUGUAAGUGACGCAUUGGCCAAGACCCGCGAAGCUGGGACCGCGUGUCAUCUGUUCACCUCGUUCACAAAGCAGCCUUCACUUGUCUCUGUGAGAAUUCGAUGGACACGUACCCUGACGAGCAAGGAGCUUCAGUCAGAUGUAUUCUUUUCACAUUUUGUUGAAUAAACCUCCACCUUUGUAGAAGAGUUGCUGUUGGUCAUUUCAGCCGCUGCGCAGCCGCUCGUUCUUGACCCCCUCAGAGCAGGGGUGCCUCCAGCCCCGGUGGGGGUGCCCCUGCUCCCUGCUGAAAGCAGAACUGUCGUCAUGACAGAAUGGGACAUGCUGCUUCUGCAAAGUGACAGUGUUCAGCUGCUUGGUGGCUUCUCGGAUACGCACACCUGUGAUGGCGUGGGCAGUUCCACAAGUAUUCUUAAGGUGGAUACGAAGAUUUGAACCUCCUGGUUUGCACGAUGUUGUGGGGAUUUCCCAAGUCACAGGACUAGUGAACCAUUUUCAGAGGGCACCUCAGGCCACUUUCACAGAGAGGUUUUAGAUUCCCUUAACGAUUUGGCUACUUAAUGGGUUUUGAAUGCCAACUUUUGAUACCAAAAAACACUGUGGGCAGGAAACUCAUGAGUGUGUGCCUUCAACCCUCUGCCUCAGUUUCUCUCUAUGAAUCCAUGUGACUGAAGAAAAAAAAAAAAACACCAGUCCCUAAACAGGUGCAAAGAGAGGCAGAGGCCUGACGAGAGCAGGGCGGGAAACACGGACUCUUACUGACCAUUCAGCUCCGUGCCAUGUCUCUGUGCGACAUGCAGCAAAGGGUGGCUUUUUCUGAAGUGAAAUAAAAUGGCACGUACAAUCAGUUUGAAUCACCCUAAGCUAGAUGUUCUAGAACGGGGAGUAAGGAGGGAGCCAGGGGGGGCGCUGCUCCGCCUCCGGCUGCUGCACUCCACAGGCAUCGGCCCCGCACGGACCUGAAGCUGUCCCUCCUUUGGGCCAGCACCUGUCCGUGUUCCUGGGGAAGGCGGGCAAGACGAACAGGAGAAGACUCUGCCUCUGCCUCAGGGAACUUGCCUGAUGCAUCCAGUGCUUUCCUCUGGUGGGGAGCAACAUCCUUAAGUCUUUUUAAUAAAAGAAAAAUGUAAGCUUCCACUGCUAUUACAUUGGGGUAAUAAGGGAAAGGUUGAACAGCGAGGGUUGUGUGGUCUGAUCCUGGGCUCACCUGUAUCUCCCCAACUGGAAAACAAGAACCCGGUGGUGAACGCAGGUGCCUCCGAUUGCGAGGCCGCGUCAGGCUGCAGUGAGAGGCGGGAGCGGCGCUGAGCUGGGAGGCGGGCCUGCCCCAGUCCACAGGGCGAGGCAGUGUGUGAGUGGUGCCGACAAGGGCUGAAGCCUGUUUAUCCUCUGAGUGGGGAGUAAGGCAGGGUCUCCCAGCUAGGGCACCAACACCUGCAAAGUUAUUCAGGGGACACUAGGAAUGCCCGCUGGACAAAGCACAGGGAGGUGGACAACGAAAUCUGAAAAAGCAAGUAGGCAACACUGUGAAGAUCGGUCAGCGCUGGGCCACAGAACAGGUAUGUCCUGGAGAGAAUGGGACACCUUGGAUGGUUUGGGGACAGGGGAAGCCUGGAUAAAAAGAUUUAGAAAGCAGCCAAGUUGAGUAAAAAGAGCACACAGCCGUGGAUACCAAGAAAUCCACCUCCAGGCUCAGCAACAUGUGCCUCCGUCCCUGAGGAGAGCUCACCAAGCCCAGGCCACCCCAGUGGGCGUGGAUGGAGUGGCGGCGGCCCCUCAGUGCCCCAGAAACCCCGCGCGCGCCGCAGGCGGCAGAUGGCGGCGGUUUUACCAACCAGGGAGCAGCGCCGGCUGCUGUCACAUGCUGGUCAGUGGGCAGGUGGUGUUGGGUUGACCAAAAAGUUCACUGGGUUUUUUCCAUACGCUGGCUCUAGUAGUGCUUAGUUGUCUAACUUCAUUUGAAACAAUUUUAUUAGACUAUUGUGACAGCUGUCUUAUCAGCAUGCAUUUUUUUAAAAAAGCAUCAAAAUUGGGGAAUUUUUGUGCAGCCAUUUUAAUAUUGAAGAUGGAAGAAAAUACGCAACACUUUCGGCAUAUUAUGCUUUGUUAUUUCAAGAAAGGUAAAAACACAACUGAAAUGCCAAAAAAGGAUUUGCGCAGUGUAUGGAGGAGGUGCUGUGACUGCUAGAACAUGUCAGAAGUGAUUUGUGGAGUUUCCUGGUACUACUGACAUUUUGGCCAAACAAUUCUUUGCUGUGGGGCUGACACACCGGAAGAUGUUUAGCAGCACCCUGGCCUCCACCCACUAGAAGCCAAUAGCAGGAUAUAGCCAACAUACUCAGAACAUCCAAAUCAAUAAAGUUAUUGGUGAGAAUGAAAAAUGUGUCUUUUAUUGUACAGAAAAAAAAACCAUGUGGACUUUUUGGCCAACCCAAUAACAAUAAAUAAUGGGAAUGGGACACAUCCCCCAAAACAUCGGACCCCUGUGGCGGGCAGAGGGGCAGAGUGAUGAUGGAGCCUUAGCGCUGAGAGGACUUGGUCCGGCCAGAGGGCUCAGCCCGUCGGCGACUGUGGGAGAUGAGUUAACUGGCCUUCUGGAGUUAGCAGGAAGGACUGGGGAUGAGGACCGACAAAAACCACCAAAGAGGAACAGGCCCCGAGUCAGGGAAAGGUUUGCAGCACCACUGCCUGCACUGGCACGUACCCUCGUGGACCCGGAGAGCGCGGAUUCUGCAGGAAGUCUGACUGGGUUCGGAUACGGCCCCUCAAUCCUGCCCUUUGGCAGCCCCUGACCCCUAAGUGUGAAAUGUGGACAACAACAAGGACCUCCAAGUGGCUUUUUGAAAAUUACCUAAAUUAAUUCAUGUGGACCAAUUAGUGGGCACUGGUAACACAUUUUCAAAUGUCAGAUUCCUCCAUACCCUGUCUCUUCCUUGUGCUCACAAGGUAGGGGACCUGCAUCACUCGAGAGAGCCUUCCUCGAACAUUUUCAGAGAAACAUCCCCUUACAAAAGCAGGUUUAGGGAGUGUCACUAAGCAUUGAGUUAUGGACACUUAAGCAAAAGGACCGCUGGGGAGUGCUGUAGUUGGACUGUCUGUGCACCCCGCUCCCAAACUGAUACAUCGAAAUCCCAACGUCAGCAAGUGCUGGUGUUAGAAGGUGGGAACUUUGAGAGAUACUUUGUCAUGAGGAUGGAAUUAGUGCCUUAUAAACGGGGUCCUGAGAGAUCCCAUUCCAUCAUGUGCAGAUGCAAGUCUACCACCCGGAAAAAAACCCUUGCCCACCCUGAUCUCUGGCUUCCAGAACUGUGAGGAAUAAAUUUCUGUUGUUUAUAA